AUGAUUGGAUUAAACAUAACAAAGAUGGCGCCUAUGCGUGGUGAACGAGGAGGCUCUCCGGCUCGAGGUGCGCGUGCGUCGCUACCGUUGCCACGUCGACUCAUACGACAGAUAGCAAGACAUGUCGCGUCUAGCGGACGUUCGCUAAGAAGACUGGAAGUCUCUGGUCGUGUAAUAGACAACUUCGACGAUCUGGAUGUCGGGUCUGAUGAAUCGGACAUGGAAACUCCACAGCCUGCCAGAGUGGCGUGCGGUGGCAAUGCCGGAAAUCUUCCCCCAGCAGAUAACGAUGACGAUCUAACCAGUUUGAGCUGGUUGCAAGACAGGAAUCUACUAAGAGGUAUCAAUCUGACUACGAAAAGCGAUACAGAGGAUUCGAAAAUUCUCAGGAACGAAGUCAUAAUUAAGACGGAGUCAAAGACACCGCCACCGACCGCGCGAGUCCCCUCUCCCCCACGGACACCAUGCAAAGCUCCACCCUCUCCACCAGCAAAUACACACACGAAACCCCCCUACUCCUUUUCGUGUCUCAUCUUCAUGGCGAUAGAAGCUGCCCCGGCACGAGCGCUGCCAGUCAAGGAGAUCUACGCUUGGAUUAUACGACACUUUCCAUACUUCAAACACGCACCCCAAGGCUGGAAGAACAGCGUGCGACAUAAUCUAUCGUUGAAUAAGUGCUUUCAUAAGGUAGCUGCCGCACCAGGUGUUGGAAAAGGUUCUCUGUGGACGGUUGAUCCUCAGCAUCGAUCUACAUUGAUACAGGCAUUUGGUCGCCAACCAAUACCACCGCCAGAAAUUGAAGUCCCAGACUCUGGCGGGAAGAACGCUCCGGAUCCGCAGCUGUUUCCGUAUCUGGCGCGGCGUUUAGCUGCUGAUACAACGGAGCCUGGAGCUGACGAGUAUCUUGCGGCUGCCACAGUACUCGCCAUGAAGUAUGGGCCCGGCGUCCUCGACCAGUUACCCCCAGAGGCACAUUUGGUUAUAUCACGUUGCGCACGCGACGAACACUCUUAUAGCGGCGGCGGAGAAGAGCGACGCACCGCGGAAGCAUUGCUCAACCUCGCUGGGAUCACCAGCCAUACACAACCUGCGCUUAGCUAG